AUGGAAGGUGCUGAUCCACCACAUAGGAUUUUGGAUCGAACGGGCUUGAUGGCGUCGGAGCUGACGCUGACGCUGACCAGCGAUGGUGAUUCAAGCCGUUUUGAUGAACAGGAAGAGACGUCGAAUCUGGGGGAAUCUCAGGCGAGAGAAUCAACGCCUACUGAAUGGACAGAUGAGAAGCAUAGUUUGUAUCUCAAAUCUAUGGAAGCUUCGUUUGUUGACCAGUUGUACAGUUCUUUUGGUUUACUUCGUUGGAGCCCGCAAAGAAACAGCUCAUUGGAUCCCCAAUCCUCCAGGCAAAUGCAUGCCAGUAACUGUGUCCCUUCUGGCCAGUAUAAGGUUCUUCAAGAUGGCUGUUGGGCAAAGAUCAAUUUCAGAAGAGAUGAAUCUCAGUUAAACAAGGCAGAUGGGCCUGGUGUUCUUUUAGCGAAUCCAUGGAUUCGGCAUUUUAGGUCUGGAUGCAGACCCAUGGUUAAAACAUCUGCUUCCCGAAAAAAACCUGCAUUAGCUACUGCUUCAAAUCGGUUUCCUGGGUCUCAAUCUCAUUUAUGUGGCCAUGAUUCAAUUGGAAGCAGUGCAGAGGUGUCAGAUCAAAACUUCGUCAAUGCUGAUGCUGAGAAAGAGAACUCAAGUGUGAUGUCCAUCGCCAAAAGGAUGAAAGCUACAGUAGUUGCUUCUUCGAGCAAUGAUCAAGUUGUUCCUUUUGGUAAGUUUCCUGAAUCAGAAGAUGUUGGGGGGAAUUGUGUUUCCCCAAAAAAGAUUUCUGAAAUAAGUAUAACAAGAUUGAAGAUUAUGCUGCUGUCUACUGAACCUGCAAAUGGAUUAGCAAGAGUAGAUAUUUCUCUUCUCCUUUAUGACAAGCUACUGGCAAUGGAAUUGCCAAUUGUGUAUGUUGAAUUUGUGAUUUGGUGGACAGGUAACAUGCAGGCUGUGCCUUGGUCACAAAUUGAGCUGCUGCUUGUGGUCUGGCAAUUGCUCGGUCAAGGCAAUAUUAGACGAGAGAAUAUUAAGUCGUGGGCUAUUUGGUCACUGUAUGCCUCGAUCACACGUGGAGAUGAAGUGGAGAUUUUAGAAACUAAACCCAGAAGAGAAAGGAAAAAAAUUUUCGAAGAAAAGUACUAUAGAAGUGAAAGACAACAAAUUGAGAGUAUGGAUGAUAACACUAAUGUUCUGAUGGAUGAGAAGCAUAGUUUGUAUCUCAAAUCUAUGGAAGCUUCGUUUGUUGACCAGUUGUACAGUUCUUUUGGUUUACUUCGUUGGAGCCCGCAAAGAAACAGCUCAUUGGAUCCCCAAUCCUCCAGGCAAAUGCAUGCCAGUAACUGUGUCCCUUCUGGCCAGUAUAAGGUUCUUCAAGAUGGCUGUUGGGCAAAGAUCAAUUUCAGAAGAGAUGAAUCUCAGUUAAACAAGGCAGAUGGGCCUGGUGUUCUUUUAGCGAAUCCAUGGAUUCGGCAUUUUAGGUCUGGAUGCAGACCCAUGGUUAAAACAUCUGCUUCCCGAAAAAAACCUGCAUUAGCUACUGCUUCAAAUCGGUUUCCUGGGUCUCAAUCUCAUUUAUGUGGCCAUGAUUCAAUUGGAAGCAGUGCAGAGGUGUCAGAUCAAAACUUCGUCAAUGCUGAUGCUGAGAAAGAGAACUCAAGUGUGAUGUCCAUCGCCAAAAGGAUGAAAGCUACAGUAGUUGCUUCUUCGAGCAAUGAUCAAGUUGUUCCUUUUGGUAAGUUUCCUGAAUCAGAAGAUGUUGGGGGGAAUUGUGUUUCCCCAAAAAAGUAGAGCCUUCUUGUUGUGGUGAUUGGCGACUUGAAAGUAAUGUUGGCAACUACUGUGAUUGGAGUUGAACUGCAUUAUAUUCCUAAACUGGGAAGUAAUGGAGAGAGAUGUUUGAGGCAUAUUAAUAUAUUUAUUUCUGUGAUUUUAAAAUGUUAAAACUCAUGCGAG